AUGCGUCCAAUUCCAACGAACCUCGUUACAACAAAAACUUCCAAUAUAUUGAUAUCACCAAGUUUUACAUCAAAACCGCCUCUAAAUACACCAGGUUCAAGUCCGUUACUUCGUCCAAUAUCAUCACCAAUGACCCCAAUUACACCAUUAGUAUUAAGUGACCCUACAACUACCGGCAAUUGGGCUCAUUAUAAAAAGGAUGAUUUCUUUGCCCGAGAGACCGGCUAUUUCUUUCAUAAUCAUCACGAUGAACUUUAUACUACUCAUCAUUAUUAUAAUGUACAAAAUUAUAAUAAUGACCACAAUUCAACUACUCAACCACAAGUAACUAUUAAUGUCAAAGCUUAUUCUCCACCGUCUUCAGGUGAUACAACUCCAACAAAUACAAAUCCGUUUGGUCAUUACCACCAAGAAGUAGUAAAUCAUUAUGUGCACAUGAAUUCACAUAAUCCUGCGCCAGCAGAUCCUCCAGCAGCAUACAGUCAUGAUAAUUUGUAUUUGAAUAAUCAAGCCGCAAAAAUACAGAACCAGGAUGAUCUUCAAUUUCACGAUGUCAUUACCGGUUUAAAUAAAAUGGAUAUUAUGGAUACUCAUUAA